GAGGAGCCAACGGUCGGUCGCAGAUAAACUGCCCUUGUGGAGCUAUUAAGUUAUUGUGGUGGCAUUUACGUUAUAUUGAAUUAGUAGUUUCAAUUUGCACAAGAAGAUGCAUUUCAUAUUCUGAUUUCAAGACCUUUAAAAUGACACUACUUUUAGGAAAUCAAAACUGUUUGGAUGGCUUGCGCAAGGAUGUCACAGACGUACAAGGGAUAAUCAUAGAAGUAUUUUCACGUGUUGGCGCAGUUCGCUAUCCAUCGUGGAAGUUUCCAGAUAAAACAUCAUGUGAUUUGGAUCUUGUUACUUUAUUGAACCGUUUUGAUUAUGUAGAAGAUGAUCCAGAAUACACGCAACAUUCUCAUAUUGUGCUAUUUGAAUUGGUCAUUGACAGGUAA